AUGGCACCUUAUCCAAUGACGCAUAUCUCUGUAGGAUCGAGCUAUGCGGUCAUCGCCGCUGGUCCGUGGUUACAUGUGCUUGAUACAAAGUCUGGUGAGGUACUUGCACAGGAAGACACCGGCCUACCGGUCCGUGUACUCGCAGUCGACGAUUCAUUCCAUCAUGUGGCCACAACAGGAGAUGACAAGAAACUUGUCAUACGUCAACGAGAAAGUCUUUCCAUUCUCAGCUCCAGGGAACUCCCAAAACGCGCAACAGCGAUCGCAUUCGUCGACAAGAACACACUCGUAGUAGCAGACAAGUUCGGCGACGUAUUCCACUACCCUAUCCACCCACCUGUAUCCACCGAGCCUGACCCCAACCCCAACCCCAACCCUUCAGAUACCGACAACGACACCGACGUCUCCCCAUCGGACACCUCCCUCCUCCUCGGUCAUGUCAGCAUCGUCACCGCCCUCCAACUCUCGCACGACAGGAAACAUAUCCUCACCGCAGACCGGGAUGAGCACAUCCGCGUGAGCCGGUUUCCACAGGGGUUCGUCAUCGAGCGGUUCUUGUUCGGUCACAGGAGAUAUGUGACUGCGUUGCAUAUCCCGCCUUUUGCCCCAGAACGCCUGAUUUCGGGCGGAGGCGAACCCCAGCUCUUCGUCUGGAACUGGACCUCCGGCCAGCUCCUCCAAACCCUGGGAUACGAGUCCCAAGCCCGGCAGUACAUGUGUGUCAAGCCCUGGCGAAAACGGGGGAAAGCGUUUGCCGACGCGUCGAAGAAGGGAAAGCUUGCGCGGGAGGAAGAUACGGGCGUGGACGGGGAUGUUGAGGAUGAGGGGAAGAAGGAGGGCCUGGAGGAGGUGCAAGGACCUGAGGAUACGGAGAUCGUUUUUGCUGUUGGGAAGAUUUCUACGCUGGGCACGGAAGAGGGUGGGAUGGUUCUCUUCUUUCUUAUUGGCUGUUCGGCACUCUUUUACGUCCCUUUCCCUUCCCCUUCCCUCCCCGACCCACAGGUCCAAGCACUACCUGUAGGGAAACCAGUGCUGGACUUCCGCGUCUCCGGCCACGCGGUGUGGGUGUCGGUAGACGAAGGCUGGCCUGAGAACGAGGGGAAAGACGCAGGAGGGGUGAAGUUGGUCGUUUGGGAAGGCGGGUUUGUGGAGCAGGCUGAGCACCCUUUGCUGAGGGGUAUAAAUAGCUGUUCCCACCACGCUACCCCCGACCAACUGAACACGUUAGAAAGUUAUCAACCCCUUCUGCUCCUUCCUAAAUACGGAGAAGAGGCCUCACCGGACGAGGACUGGGGACCGAAAGACAGGCCAGGGGCGAAAAGCGAGGGGAGAAAGAAGACUCGGGAAAUGUUGCUCGCUGCGCAGGGGGGGGGGAAGAAGAGGAAGGCAAGCUGAGUAGAUCAGGUGUAUUGCGUACAAGUGUACAAGUGUUUCGUGCUGCGCAUCGAUCCCCCCUUAGAGGUCAAUCGCAGCUCCCUUCCGCAGGCCCAGUCUUCCACCUCUCCAGCACCUUAGAACAAUCGAACUGCACCUUCCCGAGCCUCUGGUUAACCUCAUUAUGCACCUCGCACAACCACCUACUAACUCCUUCUCGGCCACUCACGUCCACCCCUCGGCGGUCGAUCUCUUUCCCCAGAUGGAGGGCGCAGUAGUGACAUGGGUAGAGCGUGGGAAGUGAGUGAAGGAGGUUGGACAUCUGUGUUUGUUGAGCGGGGGAAGGAUGUUCGGGGUAGUAGGCCGCUGCGGUGUGUAGGAACGUCCAGGUUGCACGGCCGAGUUGUUCAGAGUCGGGAGGGCAGUCUUGCGCCGGAGUGGAAAGCAUACCGAAUGCCCCCGCUGCUCCUGACCCUACAGCAGCCGCUCCUGCUCCUUCUGCUACUCCAGCGCUUGUGACUGCCUUAGACCCCCCAGCCUGGCCAAACGACCGAGUAGCGAGCCGCAUACUAGAGAGGGAGUUGCAGGCUCUGCAGGGUUUGCCAUCCGGGCCCAGGACGAGGCCUGGGGGGAGCCGGGUGUGACCUUUUGGUGGUUGUUGGUGUGGGGGGGGUGAGCCGGCUG